AUGCACGAAAAUCAAACAAAAACAAGGAAUUUCAAAAUUUUUCAACAAAGGCUCCAUAGCAUAGUUGGUUAUUGUACUUCCCUAGUAAAGGAAGAGAUAGGAAGGGGUCACGAGUUCGAAUCUCGUUGGAGCCUUUAUAAAAGUAAAAAUUACGCAUGCGGUAAGGAUAAAAAAUUUAAAAAUUCUUUAACAUUAACUUCCCAAUAA